AACCUCAAAAAAUAAUACAUAAAUACAGGAAAAGUGCUCUUAUUUUUGAAUUUAAUUAUCCUGGCAUGUUCCAGAUCAACUAACUACCCCCAAAUGGACCUAAUCGACUCCUUAAACACCCUCAAUUUGCACCAAAACGAACAAACCCCGUUAAAAAUCGAAAACUUCGCUGCCCUAAUCCAAAACCGCCACACCGAGUUCGUUUUCGCCCAUUUCCAAAAUACCAGCACCUACAUUAUAACGCAAUUCGGGAAAAUCGGUAAUUUAUACUCGGUGCAAACUGAUCUAAUUGAUUCGGAGCCAGUUUUCAACGUUAAGUCUUUGCUCGGUGCAGAUUGUAUCGAGGUUGAAGCUGGAAUUCGGUUUGUGGUGCAACAGUUGGGGAUUAAGAAGCCUCUAUUGGUCAGUUUGAGCUUGAAAGAUUGUGGUAUUGAGCAUUUGAAGUUGGUGGUUGGAGCUAUUAAGAAAUAUCAGUCAAAUUGAGGUAUUAUGGCACUGGUAAAAAAAGUAAAACUAUCUGAAAGUUACUUUGGCCAAGUAGUCAUUGGCCCUCCAGGCAGUGGCAAGACAACCUACUGCUCGAAAAUCAGCACAUUUUACAGAGACAAACUUAACAGGCAAGUUGAGGUCAUUAACUUGGACCCUGCCAAUGACAACAUGGAUUAUAAGCCAAAAAUUGACAUUAUGAAUUUAAUUACUGUAGAGGAGGCUAUGGAAGCUUACAAAUUAGGCCCCAAUGGUGCCCUAAUGUACUGCAUGGAAUAUCUAGAAGCAAAUUUUGAUUGGCUGCUCAAACAAUUAUCAGAAGUCAAAGGUAGUUAUUUGGUGUUUGAUAUGCCUGGCCAGGUGGAGCUGUAUACGCAUCACAACUCGAUUAAGAACAUUUUCAGCCUACUAGGAAAAAUGAGUUAUCAUUUAUGUGCUGUACACUUGGUGGAUUCUCAUCAUUGCUCUGAUGCAACAAAGUUUAUUUCUACAUUGUUGUUGUCCUUGUCUACCAUGUUACAGGUGCAAUUGCCUCAUGUUAAUGUUUUGAGCAAGGCCGAUCUACUAAAGAAAAAUCCAUCAAAACUAGACUUUAGUCUGGAUUUUUACACUAAUGUCUUAGACUUACAAUAUCUGCUUGAUGUUUUAGACGAUGGGCCUUUUACUAAAAAAUUCAAAAAACUAAACAAAGCCAUUGUCGGUAUUAUUGAAGACUACAGUUUGGUGGCUUUUUUGCCUUUAGACAUCAAUUCGGAUUCCAGUAUACUAAAUGUCAAAAGUGCGACAGAUAAGGCUUGUGGGUAUAUUUAUGGUAGUGGAGAGGAAAGGAGUAUACAAGCUUUGUUGUCUUGUGCAGUGGGAGCUCGGACUGAGACUGAAAGAUACGACAUGGAUUACAUAUAAUGUUUUUAUUAUAAGAAACUUAUUUUAAUUAAUAUUAAUGAGAAUAACAGUGUUGCCUUUUGAUUUAUCCUUGUUUUGCCUUCUGUUUCUCCAACUGGGCCCUGAAAUAAAGCCGUAAUGUUAAAACAAAGCCUGUAAAAAUAGGCUUUUGCCUCACCUCAAUUGCUUAUUGAAAUCGUCAUCGACAUUAUCGUCUUCCCAGUUGUCCUCCCAUACGCUGAUGUCCUGGUCAUCUUUUUCUUUACCAGUCCAAUCUAAUUUUAGGACAAAAUACAUGAAAAUAGGGGAUUUAUGAUGGUAAUUUUGUCUACUCAUGAAUGAAACAUAACCUCAAAACUAAAGUUUCUCUGCCUACCUUCAACGGGAAAUUCCUCGAAUUCGUCGUCUUCUUCGAGAAGGCCGAGGUCCAAUUUCGGUUUUUCAGACAUUUUUCAGUUUUAUUUCUCGAUUUAUUUACCGGAAAAUUGAAAAAAUUCACAAAAUUGGAAGCUUUUCUUUUGUGUUGAUUUUUUUGAAUUGGAACUGUCAAACAGACG